AUGGGUCGACGACAUGCCAAUCCGCUGCAUAACCCGCUGCAUUAUGCGGCACUGCAACCGCAUUCCGGGCCCCCGGUGACCGCAGCCGCGGCUGAGCGAGCCCUUCCCAGCUACGACUACGUCAUUGUGGGCGCCGGCGCAGCUGGAUGUGUGCUUGCCAACAAGCUGUCCGAGGACGACAACGUCUCGGUGCUUGUCCUCGAGGCCGGAGGAGACAAUACCAAGGUGUUGGAGACCAAGGUCCCGGCCAUGUUCUCCAAGCUCUUCCACAGCAAGCAUGACUGGGACUACUACACCGUCGAACAGGAGGCCCUGGCCUCCCGUCGAUUGUACUGGCCGCGCGGGCGCAUCGUCGGCGGCUGCUCGUCCAUGAACGCCAUGAUCUACCAUCACUGCUCGGCUUCCGACUUUGAUGAGUGGGUUGCGGUCCAUGGCUGCCAUGGCUGGGGUUAUCAAGACCUCGCUCCGCAUUUUCGAAGCCUCGAGAAGUUCACGCCCAACCCGGCUCGCCCAGCCAUCGACGCCGCGAACCGUGGCGAUGCUGGCAAGUGGCAGACGGGCUACUCUUGGCUGUCCCAGAUUGUCGAAGAUGGCUUUCUUCCCGCCUGCGACGACGCCGGCAUCCCUCCAAAUAGUGACAUCAAUACCAAGGACGGCAGCCUUGGCGUCACGCGUCUCCAGACCUUUAUUGACGCCAAGGGCCAGCGGUCGUCUCUGGCCACAGCAUUCCUGACCCCGGAUGUCCUGCGGCGGCCCAACCUGUACGUGGCCUGCGGUGCUCAAGUGACCAGGGUCUUGUUUGAUCGGAUCAACAGUACCAAGCCAACUGCCAUUGGCGUCGAGUUCCAAGUCUCCCAGGGCGGCGAGCGUUAUCAAGUACACGCCAAGCGAGAGGUGAUUCUCUGCGCGGGAGCCGUCAAUACUCCCCAGACGCUCAUGCUGAGCGGCAUUGGCCCCGAGGAAGAGUUGAAGAAGCACUCGAUUUCUCGUGUGUUUGCCAAUGACAACGUCGGGAAGCAGUUGAAGGACCACCUUGUCAGCAACGGCGUCUUUUGCAAGUCCAAGAAGGGCUCGACCCUCGACUACCUUGCCGACGAUAUCAAGGCGAUCCCGGCUCUGGUACAGUGGCUGCUAUUCGGCACCGGUCCGCUGACCAGCAAUAUCGGUGAAGCCGCCGCCUUUGUCCGGACCUUUGAACACGAAUUCCCCGCUUCGGCUGGUGUGCUUCCCAAAGACUACAGCUCUGGUGACAAAGCCCCAGACUUGGAGAUUAUCGGUGCGCCAAUUGCUUUUAUCCAUCACGGAGAGGAACGACCUCUGGACGACGCCAACGUCUUCAGUCUGGUCCCGAUCGGCCUCCGGCCACAGAGCAGUGGCACAAUCAGCCUCAAGAGCGCAGACGUGUUUGACCACCCCAUCAUUGACCCCAAGUAUCUAACCGACGAGGAGGGCAAUGACAAAAAGGUCUUGAUAGCUGGACUCCGUCUCUGUCUCGAGAUUAUGCGCAGUCCUGCCUUCCAAAAGUACUUGGAUCCCGUCCCCACGAAUGACGAUCCUUCGUCAUACUGGUGGCCGUAUUCAUGCAGCGAUCCGGACGCCGUUACUGAUGAGCAACUCGGGCGCUACCUGGUCGAGCGGGCGUUCACCCUCUACCAUCCUGUUGGUUCGGCGAGGAUGGGACCGUCGCCAUCCAACAGCGUUGUGGAUGCAGAGUGCCGCGUGCACGGGACGCAUGGUCUUCGUGUUGUCGAUGCCAGCAUCUUUCCGGAGCAGAUUAGUGGUCAUCCGACGGCGCCCAUCGCGGCCAUCGCACACAGGGCCAGUGAGAUGAUCAAACAAGGCCACAAAACUGCCUAG